AUGCCCCCAAGCGGCUUCUCCCACCAACGCUCCCAAUCCACCUCCUCCCUCCCACCCUCAUCCGCCUCCAUCGUCGGCUCCUCCUUCGGCAUCCACGCCCGCCACGCAUCCACCUCGCUUGCCCGCGGGCCUGGCGCGCACAUCAUCCGUCCCACGAGCAUCCCCAGUUUCCGGGGUUAUUAUUAUUAUUACUCGCUGUCGCUGAGGACCGGGUCAACUCAGGACGUGGGAGGAUUGUUGGCUGGUCCGUUGCUGGGUGGUCGGCAACAAGCCGAUAAGGACGCAAAGGAGAAGGAGAAGAAGAAGAAGAGGGGUGCGCAGGGGCAGGGGAAGGGAGGAGGAGGAGGACAGGGAGGGGGAGCGGGUGGUGGGAAGGGGACUGGGUCUUGA